AUGGUGAAGAAGGGCAAAGCGAAGGCUGAUCCGCCUGCACAGGCUGCAGUGUCUGCCGGCAAUGAUGAAACAAGAGCCAAAAAGGGCCGAAAACCUGAGUCCUCGACGCCAAUUGUUCCGCCAGCAGGCCCGCCGAAGCCGACCGUCAAACAAAUAAUUGGAGGCUCUUCAUGGACAGGCAAGCUCCCAGUCAACCUUUUAAGUGAGUACUGCCAGAAGCAGCGUUGGGAAAAGCCAGACUACGACACCCGAAAGACGCCGGAAGGAUUCUCAGUAUGGGUGACCUUGAGCGCAAAGGAUCCUAAGACUCAGCAAGUGACCAAGUUGGACCCAUUCAAGAUACCUCUCCGUCACAAACAUUUGAUUUUGAGGGACACGGCCCUCGAGGCGAAGCAUGCUGCCGCUACGUAUGCUUUGUUCAGAGUUUGCAGCAUGCAGAACAAGCACACUGUGCUGCCGCCGGACCACAAGUCUCUGUGGAAAGAGUUCCAAGCACUAAAAGCGCAAGAUGUGAAGGAAGGGAAGGCUUGGAUGUAUGAAGCGGAUCCUUUCAGAGCACUUCAAGAAAGACAGGAAGCCAAGGCUGCCGCGGACAAGAAGCGAAAGGAGCUUGAGCAAGCCAAGGCCAAGGCCAAGGAGAUGCCUGGUGCAUCUGGCUUGGUGUUGUUGAGAAACUCUGCGAACGAGAAGGGGAUUUCGUUUGACCCCAUGAAGGGGUGGAUCACGGCUCCAAAAGUUGAGAUGGGCAGACAGACGAGAGUACAGCUUGAAGCAAUUCUUCGAAAUGGGAUCUCCUGGAACCCGCAUGGUGUACGGAUGCAACAAGACCAGAAGGACGCGCUGGUUACGGAACUGUGCAAACUAGGAUUCAGACGAAGCCACAUCAUCGAGGCGGCCGAGUACUGCAAACAUCGGGAAGAAGCCCUCGAAUGGUUGUUGAUCCAUGUGCCUGAAGAUGACCUGCCGCGCUGGGCUAUACCUGAAAGCUACUCCGCUGGUGUAUCUAUUGGAUCCACCAACCUGAAGCGAGAGGGCAUUAUCAAAUCUUUAUCAGAGACAGGAUACUCUGUUGAGCUAUGUACUCGGAUUCUCGAUGAAAACGAUGGCGAUGAGGGCAAGGCCGCCGAGGCCUUGCAGCACAUUUUGCUUUCAUCUAGUGCCGCAAGGCCCGUGGAAAGUGGCCGAUCUGAUGACUUUCUAGACAUGGGCUCACCAGAAGAGCAAUGGGAAGACGAAGUCGCCAGCCUGGAGGCCAUGUAUGGUGACACUUUCCGCCGUGAAUCCGGCGACCUGAUCCAGUUGCAGAUGGAAUCAGUAAAGAACGCCCAGGGAGGCCAAAAGGGCGAAGUCGAAACAUCCCUGCAAGUUCGAAGAUCGUCUAGCUAUCCGAGGCAUUUGAUAAUAGCAAUUAUCGCAAAACUGCCGUCUUACAUUAAGCUCAGUAUCGUCAGACAAGCACUGGCCUACAUGGAAGAGUCUCUGCGAGACGAGCCGAUGAAGAUUUAUCUCGUCAUGGACUGGAUUCAACAGAAUAUAAACAGAAUCAUUGACAACCCUGGCAACUUGAUUGACAUCUCUGCCGUCUCUUCCGCGGCCUCGGAAAACCGGCCAAUUGCACGAGGGGAACGAGCAAAGAGAACUCGGAAUAUCCGACCUAUCAACUGGGUGCCUGAAUCUAAGACCAAGGAGGAAUGGCUUCGGCGACAAGAGAGCUCGGAAUGGAUAGAUAUGUUAUCGAAACGAGAGCGACUCCCGGCUUGGCAGCUGCGAGAAAAAAUCGUCGAGACAGUCAAUGACAACCACGUGACCAUCGUAAGUGGUGAAACGGGUUCGGGAAAGUCUACCCAAUCUGUGCAGUUUAUCCUGGAUGAUCUAUAUGGGAGAGGCCUGGGAGGCUGUGCAAACAUGAUUGUCACGCAACCGCGUCGAAUUUCGGCACUCGGGCUGGCCGAUCGCGUAGCAGAAGAACGGUGCUCAAAAGUUGGAGGGGAGGUUGGCUAUAUCAUUCGCGGGGAAUCUCGGCUUUCGAAAGACACAAGGAUCACUUUUGUCACGGCGGGUGUGCUGCUGCGACGAUUACAAACAUCUGGCGGGCGAGUGGAAGACGUUGCUGCCUCGCUGGCCGACGUCAGCCAUGUGAUAAUAGACGAAGUCCACGAACGCAGUCUUGAUACUGACUUUUUGCUGAACCUGAUACGCGACGUUAUGAGAAGCAAGAAAGACAUGUUGAAGCUUAUUCUCAUGUCUGCCACGCUUGAUGCCUCUACAUUUACGGACUACUUUGCUUCAGAAGGGCUGAGUGUGGGCUGCGUCGAAAUUGCUGGCAGGACAUACCCAGUCGACGAGUACUAUCUAGACGAUGUCGUCCGCAUGACGGGGUUCAGCGUUGAGAAGCCCGACACUGGCUUUAUCACAGAUGAGUCCAUGGGGAAAAUCAUCCAAAAGCUUGGCCACCGAAUCAACUACAACCUGUUGGUGGACGCUGUCAAAGCCAUUGAUUACGAACUUUCAUACGAAAAGAAGCCAGGUGGUAUACUCAUCUUCCUUCCUGGUGUCGGCGAGAUUAACCACGCGUGCAAUCAUUUGCGGUCUAUCGACUCGCUGCAUGUUUUGCCCCUUCAUGCAUCACUGGAGACGCGAGAGCAGAAAAGAGUAUUUUCCAAACCGCCUGCAGGAAAGCGCAAGGUUGUAGUAGCUACCAACGUGGCGGAAACAUCCAUCACCAUUGACGACAUCGUCGCCGUGAUUGACAGCGGCAAAGUCAAGGAGACCAGCUUUGACGCCCAAAACAAUAUGAGGAAGCUCGAGGAGACGUGGGCUUCGCGGGCGGCCUGCAAGCAACGUCGCGGACGUGCAGGCCGUGUUCAAGAGGGCAGAUGCUACAAACUAUACACAGAAAACUUGGAGCGACAAAUGGCUGAGCGGCCUGAGCCCGAAAUAAGGCGAGUGCCUCUGGAGCAGCUCUGUCUUUCUGUGCGAGCGAUGGGCAUGCGUGAUGUGGCCAGAUUUUUGGGGCGAUCGCCAACUCCGCCAGAUGCCAAAGCCAUCGAAGGUGCCAUGAAAUUGCUGAGGCGAAUGGGCGCGCUGGAUGGCGACGAGCUUACUGCCAUGGGCCAACAGCUUGCCAUGCUGCCGGCUGAUUUGCGAUGCGGCAAGCUCAUGGUAUUUGGCGCUGUUUUCGGAUGCCUGGACGACUGCGUCACCAUUGCGGCGAUUCUCAGUACCAGAAGCCCGUUCAUUUCACCACAAGAGAAGCGAGAAGCGUCGAGACAGGCGAGAAUGCGGUUCUGCAGCGGAAACGGCGAUCUAAUCACGGAUAUGGAGGCGUUCCAGGAAUGGGACAAGAUGAUGAGAGAUCGUGUGCCGCAGAGGCAGGUGAGAUCAUUUUGCGACGAAAAUUUCCUGUCCUAUCAAACCCUCUCCGACAUUUCCAACACCAGGUCCCAAUAUUACGAAGCUCUGAGUGAGAUUGGCAUUGCAGCUCGGUCCAGGAACGACGAAGCGACUUGCAACCCGGCUCGUAAUGUUGGGCUAAUACGGGCACUGAUCGCUUCUGCAUUUACACCUCAAAUCACCAGGAUUCAGUAUCCAGACAAAAAGUACGCCAGCUCCAUGUCCGGCGCAAUGGAGCUUGACCCCGAAGCACGAUCAAUCAAGUACUUCAAUCAAGAGAAUGGACGAGUAUUUGUUCAUCCAAGCAGCACAGUUUUUGACAGUCAAGGAUUCUCAGGAAAUGCGGCGUACAUGGCGUACUUUAGCAUCAUUUCCACUACCAAGAUCUUUAUCCGGGAUCUGACACGUAAGUCGUCACCCGAGCACAUGCAUGAUGAAGAUAUGGUUCCAAGCACUAAGAGGGGAUUAGCAUUCAAUGUGUUUACGCUGUUGUUAUUCUCCGGGCCAAUCGAGUUGGACACCCUGGGCCGCGGACUGCUCGUAGAUGGGUGGUUAAGAAUUCGGGGAUGGGCUCGCAUCGGCGUCCUGGUAGCUCGACUGCGCGGGAUGGUGGAUGAUUUGAUUGCGCAAAAGGUCGAGGACCCGGGAUUGAAUUUGGAGAACAACGAGGUUAUUAAACUGGUGACUAAACUGAUAGAGCUGAACGGGUUGGAUGCAUGA